CGCCCUCACCUCCGUCUCCGACUCCGUCACCCGCGAUGCUGCCCACCGCCGCCCGCCGCGCCGCCGGCCCCGCAAACAUCGCCAAGUCGCUCGAGCGGCUGCUCCCCAAGCCGAGCGAGCGCCCGCCGACGCUCUCGUCGUUGCCCGCCUCGCUCCCGCGCGUGCUGUCGCGCACACCGGAUGGCGGCGUUGGCCGGCGCGUGCACCAGGUCCGCUGGUCAGAGAAGCAGAUUUCGGACUCGUACUGGGUCGUGUCGCGCACGCAGUUCAAGCUCGGAGGCUCGCAUGGGAAGGCGUGGGGCAAGUUGUACUGGAAGGGGAAGCCCGUCAGCGACAAGGAGGAAAGGAUACGGGGGACGUUGAAGUAUUCUUGGGCCGAGGGACCGUCAAAGCCGACAAGGGCAGGGAACACGGAAGCACAAGCAUCUGGGCCUCAACGCGCAAUUGCAUAGAGCAUGCAGCGCCAUACACUGGCCCUUCCGGUAAGCGCGCUGCAUCCUGCCUAUACCCUUAUGCUAACAAAUACAUGCAGCUUGUCCCCCUCAUACACCCCAUCU